CAUCCUGAACUUCAUCACCACCUCCAUGUUGAAGUCCAGGAAUAACUUCAUCAGGAACUACCUGUCUGUCUCCCUGACAGAACAACACAUGGCCACGCUGGCCAGCAUCAUCAAGGACGUCGACAAAGACGUCAAAGGUCGGUUGGAAUAAAAGACGGUGCUUAUCAUAUAAUUAUUUUGAUUUGCUAUUGAUAUUUAUUAUUACUAGUAAUAGGUCUAAUGUCUCCCCCCCCAGGUUCCUCAGAUGAAGAGUUUGCCUCUGCUUUGUACCACUUCAACCACACCCUGGUGACGUCAGACCUGCCCUCUCCAGCCCUG